CAAGUCGCUGGUAAUCGCGGUUGGUUCAAUUCGUGAGAGGUUUCUCCUUCCGAAGAUGCCGGACCCAGCGAAGUCUGCUCCUGCUCCCAAGAAGGGCUCCAAGAAGGCUGUGACCAAAGUGCAGAAGAAGGAUGGCAAGAAGCGCAAGCGCAGCCGCAAGGAGAGCUACUCCGUGUACGUGUACAAGGUGCUGAAGCAAGUUCAUCCGGACACCGGCAUCUCGUCCAAGGCCAUGGGCAUCAUGAACUCCUUCGUCAACGACAUCUUCGAGCGCAUCGCGGGCGAGGCGUCGCGCCUGGCGCAUUACAACAAGCGCUCCACCAUCACGUCCCGGGAGAUCCAGACGGCUGUGCGCCUGCUGCUGCCCGGCGAGCUGGCCAAGCACGCGGUGUCUGAAGGCACCAAGGCCGUCACCAAGUACACCAGCUCCAAGCUUUAUUCUGCCCUUCCCGAAGAAGUGGGCCUCAAAGUCACAGCCAGACUCCAGAUGAUUGCUGUUUCCCUGGGGAUCAUGUCAGUGCUUCCUCAAAACUAAAUUAUCUUAUCGGAGAAGACAUUGGGGAAAUGUAUUUCUCCAGAAUGUGUAAGCCAAUUCUUUCUAGUGGUUCUUAGAGACUUUAUACCUCCAUUAACUCACGUAACAUGUUUGGGAAUCUCUCCCGUUAGCCUAUGCUCCCUCUCCACAAUUUAUUUCCUAUCCUCUCUAAGGGUUAAAGGGUAGUAAGUGCUUAGUGUGAUAUGGAGAUGAAGGGGAAGGCAUGAAGAUGAGCUGCUUACUUACCCUUUGGGGGUUUUGACCCCAUAUUUAAAAACAAAGCAAGGAGUGAGGAAUACAGGAAGCGCAGCAAACACUUUAUUGGCUACCAUUUUACUGCUAAUGUGCAUUAGCAAAGUCUGUACCUAAAAGACAGCCCAGAUUUUCAACUUCCAGCAUUUUUUUUUUUUAACAUCUUGCCAAAGCUUAAUAUACAGUUCUCUUAGGGUCUUCUCUUAGGAAUCCCACUUUGGGGAUUCCUCCUGGGGCUAAGAACCCAAUGGGCUCUUGUAGAAGCACCGGUGGUCAUAGAAUGAGUUUUAGGGCUCUCCCUAGAGGGUCUGGAACAUGGGAAACAAAUCCUCUU